CCUGUGGUGACGUCAUAUUGGACGUCGUUGAUACCGGCAACAGCGUCAAUUCGCCCAGACAUUUAUCCACCGAAUCCACCCUAAAUACGUGCCAACUAUUCAGAAUAAGCCGAAACAUAAAGCAAAGCAGUUUCUACACUCAACAGAUACAAAAUAUGGGAUCAAAAGCUCAACAAGUCAUCCAUAUGGCCACAUGCAGACGAUUUGGCAGACGACUUAAGAGAGUAACAUUGAAGUUGCUCGGAGCGUCCGUGUACUAUGCACUCAUGCUCACAUUAGGACUGUACGAGUCAAAGUCUUUACUCUGCUGGAUGUCCAAAAAUUACUUAACCUCAAUCGACCCGUCUGUUUUCCUCAUCUUAUUCGGAGUGUUUUCGUUUCUCUUUAUGUUGCUCAAUUGUAUGGUAGUGAAAGUGUCAAAGGUUUUGAUGUAUCCCAAGCAUUAUAUCAGCAAGUCACAUGCACUUUUCUACCCAGUUUACAGAAGCCCAAAGUGUACAAGAUCCGGUGUUGUCUAUGGUUACAUGUAAAAUAGUCUGAAUUAAUAAAUGGAAAGAAAAAAAAACAGAC